AAGCUGAAAAAUCUACCUGCCUAAGGACUCGUAAGAGUAGCUGUGAAACCUCACUGGAGGAACUGCAGAUUGAUAAUUUUUACUUAAUGACACACUAUAAAUAAUAAUAAAAGUGCUUCGCAUUGCCUAGAGCCUCACAAUGCCACUUUACACACAUUUGACAAUGGGUACCAUCUCAGAGAGGCCAGCAGCUUGUCCAACACACCACUGCAAGUAAGAAGUAGGAAAGUUAUUGUUUUGCUUAAUAAUAACGCCUUACGCUCCAGGGCUAAAGAAAAGGCUUUUCUUACAGAAAUUAAACUCCAAUUACAGAGAGGUGUGAACUUCAUUAAGGCCCUGGGGCUGGUUCGUGGCUCGGGGGCAGGUUAUCCUGCAGCUUUGGCACCGCAGGCACCGCCCGGCGAGUUCCGGCCUCCGGGCACCUGGGCAGGUGGGCGUUGGGCGGCCUCCGGGCUGCGGACGGCCCUGGCCGCCCCGCCCCGGCCGCCCCCGGGCUGCUCCGAGAGGACCCCGGGCCCACCUCACCCCACCUCCAUCCCUGGAGCGCGUCCCGGAGCGGGCGGGCGGCCGGCGGGCCAGGCCCCUCCCCGGCGCCGAGCCGCGGCCGCGCGGAGGAAGCGGAGGAGGCGGGAGCGGAGACCUCGCUGCGCUCAUGGCGUCGCCCGGGAUAGAAGUGGAAUUACUGGGCAAAGGGCAUUCAGAUUUGGGAGAAGUAGCCCCAGAAAUAAAAGCAUCAGAGAGACGAACAGCUGUGGCCAUUGCAGAUUUGGAAUGGAGAGAAAUGGAAGGAGAUGAUUGCGAGUUCCGUUAUGGAGAUGGUACAAAUGAGGCUCAGGACAAUGAUUUUCCAACAGUGGAGAGAAGCAGGCUUCAAGAAAUGCUGUCACUGUUGGGCCUAGAGACGUACCAGGUCCAGAAACUCAGCCUCCAGGACUCUCUGCAGAUCAGUUUUGACAGUAUGAAGAACUGGGCCCCUCAGGUUCCCAAAGACUUGCCCUGGAAUUUCCUCAGGAAGCUGCAGGCCCUCAAUGCUGAUGCCAGGAAUACCACCAUGGUGCUGGACGUGCUCCCAGAUGCCAGGCCUGUGGAGAAGGAGAGCCAGAUGGAAGAGGAGAUCAUCUACUGGGACCCAGCUGACGACCUUGCUGCCGACAUUUAUUCCUUUUCUGAGCUGCCCACCCCUGAUACGCCAGUGAACCCCUUAGACCUUCUCUGUGCCCUGCUGAUCUCCUCAGACAGUUUCCUGCAACAAGAAAUAGUGUUGAAAAUGGCCCUCUGCCAGUUUGCUCUCCCGCUCGUGUUGCCUGACUCAGAGAACCACUACCAUACAUUUCUGCUGUGGGCCAUGCGGGGCAUUGUGAGGACAUGGUGGUCCCAGCCCCAGAGGGGCGUGGGGAGCUUCCGGGAAGACAGCGUGGUCCUGUCCAGGGCGCCUGCCUUCGCCUUUGUGCGCAUGGAUGUCAGUAGCAACUCCAAGUCCCAGCUUCUCAACGCCGUCCUCAGCCCGGGCCACAGGCAGUGGGACUGCUUCUGGCAUCGGGACCUCAACUUGGGCACCAAUGCCCGGGAGAUUUCGGAUGGGUUGGUAGAAAUGUCCUGGUUUUUUCCCAGCGGAAGAGAGGACUUGGACAUUUUUCCAGAACCAGUGACCUUUCUGAACCUGAGAGGUGACAUCGGGUCUCACUGGCUGCAGUUUAAGCUCUUGACAGAAAUCUCCUCUGCUGUGUUUAUAUUGACUGACAAUAUCAGUAAGAAGGAAUACAAAUUGCUGUACUCCAUGAAGGAGUCAACCACAAAAUACUACUUCAUCCUGAGUCCGUACCGUGGGAAGCGCAACACAAACCUGAGAUUUCUGAAUAAGUUAAUUCCUGUGCUGAAAAUAGACCACUCACAUGUCCUGGUGAAGGUCAGCAGCACUGACAGUGACAGCUUCGUGAAGAGGAUCCGGGCCAUUAUUGGGAAUGUGCUGCGGGCACCCUGCAGACGGGUAUCUGUGGAGGACAUGGCGCACGCAGCCCGCAAGCUCGGCCUAAAGGUUGACGAGGACUGUGAGGAGUGUCAGAAAGCGAAAGACCGGAUGGAGAGGAUUACCAGGAAAAUCAAAGACUCGGAUGCCUACAGAAGGGAUGAGCUGAGGCUGCAGGGGGAUCCCUGGAGAAAGGCAGCCCAAGUGGAGAAGGAGUUCUGCCAGCUCCAGUGGGCCGUGGACCCCCCUGAGAAGCACAGGGCUGAGCUGAGGCGGCGGCUGCUAGAACUUCGAAUGCAGCAGAACAGCCACGAUCCCUCCUCGGGGGUGCAGGAGUUCAUCUCGGGGAUCAGCAGCCCCUCCUUGAGUGAGAAGCAGUACUUCCUGAGGUGGAUGGAGUGGGGCCUGGCACGGGUGGCCCAGCCACGACUGAGACAGCCUCCGGAGACACUUCUCACCCUGAGACCAAAGCAUGGGGGCGCCACAGACUUGGGGGAGCCACUCUGGCCUGAGCCCCUGGGGGUGGAACACUUCUUGCGGGAGAUGGGACAGUUUUAUGAGGCUGAGAGCUGUCUUGUGGAGGCGGGGAGGCUGCCAGCAGGCCAGAGGCGUUUUGCCCACUUCCCAGGCUUGGCCUCGGAGCUGCUGCUGACAGGGCUGCCUCUGGAGCUAAUCGAUGGGAGCACCCUGAGCAUGCCCAUCCGCUGGGUCACGGGGCUCCUGAAGGAGCUGCACGUCCGACUGGAGAGACGGUCAAGGCUGGUGGUUCUGUCAACCCUCGGGGUGCCGGGCACGGGCAAGUCCACACUCCUCAAUACCAUGUUUGGGCUGCGGUUUGCCACAGGGAAGAGCUGCAGUCCUCGAGGGGCCUUCAUGCAGCUCAUCACAGUGGCCGAGGGCUUCAGCCAGGACCUGGGCUGUGACCACAUCCUGGUGAUAGACUCUGGGGGCUUGAUAGGUGGAGCCUUGACCUCAGCUGGGGACAGGUUUGAGCUGGAGGCUUCCUUGGCCACUCUGCUCAUGGGACUGAGCAAUGUCACCGUGAUCAGCCUAGCUGAAACCAAGGACAUUCCAGCAGCUAUUCUGCAUGCAUUUCUGAGGUUAGAAAAAACGGGGCACAUGCCCAACUACCAGUUUGUAUACCAGAACCUUCAUGAUGUAUCUGUUCCCGGCCCCAGGCCAAGAGACAAGAGACAGCUCCUAGAUCCACCCGGUGACCUGAGCAGGGCUGCAGCCCAGAUGGAGAAACAGAGCGACGGCUUCCGGGCACUGGCAGGCCUGGCCUUCUGUGACCCUGAGAAGCAGCACAUCUGGCACAUCCCUGGCCUAUGGCAUGGAGCACCUCCCAUGGCCGCAGUGAGCUUGGCCUACAGUGAAGCCAUAUUUGAAUUGAAGAGAUGCCUACUCGAAAACAUCAGGAAUGGCCUGUCGAACCAAAACAAAAACAUCCAGCAGCUCAUUGAGCUGGUGAGACGGCUGUGAGUGUGCAGAGAAACCCAGUUCAGGUGUAGGAGGCUGCUGUGGGCAGCCCUGUCUGAUGGGGCACCCGUGUGGGCUGUGCCCUGGUGCCUGAGAAUGGCCGGUGCCCAAUCGACAUGAGAAGACAAGCAAAAGACAGAGGGUUUGGAGUCUCCUCAGCAGUGUUAAGAGAGGAAGUGACCUCACAGACCAGCUCAGAGAUGUUACCAGGAAUAUCACAACCCCCAGGGUAGGGAGACAUGCAGCAGUUUGUUCUGUCUCAGCUCCUGUCAAGGAUCCCGCGGGGUGGGCCCUCUGUAUAGCUGCUCUCUGUCACUGGCCCCUGGAGUGGGAGCAGUGUCCUCAGUCACUGCAGGCCCAGGUGGGCAGGUGGUCCCAGGACAGAGGUGGGGAAGUUGUCCUGAGGAAGCAGAAGUAGGCCUUGCUCCCGCCCAGCCCAAGGGCCUCCAGUGGACCAGCAUUUGAGAUGUGCGUGCCCGUGGUGCGCAAGGCACUCCCAUGGCACUGUAUUUAUUGACUGAUCUGUGAAGGCUUCCCUGACCCCUGCCCAGGAAGAGUUCAUUGGUCGCUCUGUUGUGCCCCACAGCACUUUGUUAUACCUCUGCCACACACUUCACGCAUCGCGUUGUAACUCAUGUGUUUACAUGUCUGUCCCCCAGACUGUGAGCUCCUUGAGGGCAGGGACUGUACAUUCUCCAGCUCUGUGUCCCCAGGGCCUGGCACAUUAUAGAUGCUUAAUAAAUGUCUGUUGAAUGAAUGAAUGCA